GGCUUGAGUGACAUCCCAUGAUGAAACAGUCUGCUGAGCAUUCAUUUCAUAAAAAGCAACUUUUAAUCACGGCACGCUGAUGGCUGCUGACACGAUGAGUGUCGUGAAUGCUGAUGGCGCCGGUCGUCGGUCCUGACGUCAGGUUGCAGAUGAGCCUCCUGGCGCUCUUAAUUACAUUUCAGAUUCAUGUCCUAAUCAGACGCCGCCUCGCCGUAAACGCGCUUUUAUUGCAGCGAGCCGCCCCGCUCACCUGUUUUGGCUUUUUUUUUUUUUUGCAUUGACCUUGGAGAUGAUGGAUGACUGCUUCCUCUGAUGAGCUUCACCGCGCUGCUGGGAUACUUUGUUGCUUCGGCUGGCCGCGGUGUUUCCCCGAACAUUCAUUGACUCCAUUUGGCGCUAUGAUGUUCACCAUAAACUCACUGGAACUCUGAUGACCCCGCUCUGCCAGAGAAUAACCAGAUGGCGCUUUCUCAAAAAUGGCGACUUAUCUAGAGACUUUUGGCAAUUCUGUUAUGACAGCACGAUCUUCGUCUUCGUCCGUCUUGGUCGACAGCGGAAGUUGAUUUGUGUUUCUAAACAUAUUUGUUUUGCUUUUCGUACUUUUUGUACUCCUUUUUGCUCGUGUGUCCUCCACAAAUACAUUGCAGUCCUGUGGGAAACACUUUUUUUUACAAUCUUCUAAAUAAGCUAGAACUUUAUUAGAGGCAUCUGCACGAGAAAUAACACCCCUAUAGUCAGCCUGACAUGCCUAUUCUCCAAUAAAGUAGAUAAAAUAAAGCAUUUAAGACAGUUUACCUUCCAGAGGAGCGGAAUCGGUGGCGGACAGGAAGUGAUGUUGGGGGUUCAGAGUUGACUUUUAAUCAUGUUAUUGUGCCUGUUGGGAGUAAAUGAGCCGGUGAGCGAAGCAUCCUCCAUCUGGCCUAACCGCCAAUCCGUCUCAAAUGCCUGGCCUUGCCACGCCCCUGCUCAGCAUACGGAAACACACAUUGGACACCGACGGCAAACACAAAACCGCCAAUGUUUUCAAUCACCUUGCCAAGUGCCGACGCUACAAGUGUGUUCCACCCAUGUUCGUUCUGCAACUCAUCCCCUCAUCAUCUCAUCCCGUUCGUCGCUCCGUCAGGGCGCUGUUCCCCUCCGCCCUCGGCUUCAUUCCCAGCUCAUCUCACCUUGUACCUUUUCACAUUCCUCUUUUCCUGCCUCGUUUAUCUCCUCUCUUCCUCCCUCUCUCAGGUGAGAAGUGUCGCAGCUUCAUUGACCUGGCCCCCGCGUCAGAGAGGGGCGUGUUGUGGCUGUCGGUGGUGUCCGAGGUUCUUUACAUCCUGCUGCUGGUGGUCGGCUUCAGUCUCAUGUGUUUGGAGCUUUUCCACUCCAGCAACGUCAUCGACGGGCUCAAGCUCAACGCCUUCGCCGCCGUCUUCACCGUGCUCUCCGGUCUUCUAGGUAUGGUGGCCCACAUGAUGUACACACAAGUGUUCCAGAUCACAGUCAGUCUGGGUCCUGAAGACUGGAGGCCUCACAGCUGGGACUAUGGGUGGUCCUUCUGCAUGGCCUGGGGCUCCUUCACGUGCUGCAUGGCCGCCUCCGUCACCACGCUCAACUCCUACACCAAAACGGUGAUCGAGUUCCGCCACAAGCGCAAACUGUUUGAGCAGGGCCUCCGCGAGGAACAGAACUUCCUGGACCAGGAGGCCUUCCACUACUUCCGGGACCGCUCCCUGCAGUCCAUCUCCGGCGCCCUGGACGUGUACCCGGGCCCCGACCCCGGGGCGGGGCGGGGAAAGAUGAGAGCGGCCUCCAUAGACUUGGGCGAGAACACGGACUCGCUGGGGGAGGAGCAGUGCUGAGCCUGAGCCGGUUCCGAUCUCGGAUGUGAAUGUGGGGGCCGCCUUUAUUUUACCAUCGUAACCAAACCUGGUAAGAGAGAGAGACUUGGUGAAAAAAAAUACUUUGUUUAUACGUCAUAACAUACUGUAAGAUGAUGACUAGGGUAUAUGACCAUAGUCAUACCACAACAUAUGUAUGUACUCUAUACUAUGAAUACUCACACCCUUUAUUUUUAUGGAAGGAAGCUUUUCCUAGCAUAAUUCCGGCUCCAUUGGGUGGCUAGCAUAGAUGGUUUAGUACCCGAGUUCAAUAAAAGUAACAAAACUUCAGUUUCAUGACAUUAAAGUACAUUCGGUGUUUACGCUAACACCGUCCGCACAGGAGCAGAUUCAACAAUGAAUGAUUUUUGUUUGCAUCCCGUGAGAUGACGCCUCACUCUGACUCCAACAUCACUUCAUAGCGACUUUUCGGAGAAGAUGCUACACAUAGCACUUUGAAUCUACUUCUUUUAUAUGCAGUUGAAUGUAAACACGUAUGUAAACAACGGUCGACUUCCUCAAAAAGCUGCUUUGUGUUUUGUAAAGUAUUUGCAGCAAAUGAAAUAUAUGAAU